GCGUUACUGCGGGGCAGCGCUCAUGCUUCUGCCUGGAAGAACCGCACAGAAGGGCAUAGUAGUGAGUGUCAGCUCCCAGGACCAGCUGUAUGAGGAGGGGGCAGGGAGCAGGACUGAGCUCCGCACUUGGGACCCUGCAUGGACGGGGCAGGACGAGAAGUGACUGACCAGCAGCAUCUCCAGUGACCUCAGCACUUUAUCUCUGGAUUACUCGGGCUCUAGGAGCAGAAGAUGCGGUUUCUAUGUCGGACCUUCCUGUGGAUUGUGCCUGCUCUGCUCGUCUGCCCUGCGCUAGGAUCCCGGCCUCGCCUGGAAGAUUUCCCCCCGAGAAUAGUGGAGCACCCGUCUGACCAUAUUGUCUCAAAAGGGGAGCCUGCAACACUGAACUGUAAGGCAGAGGGUCGCCCCACGCCCAUUAUUGAAUGGUACAAAGAUGGUGAGCGGGUGGAGACAGACAAGGACGAUCCUCGCUCUCACCGCAUGCUGCUGCCCAGCGGUUCCCUCUUUUUUCUUCGUAUCGUACAUGGCCGGCGGAGUAAACCUGAUGAAGGGAUUUAUAUCUGUGUGGCCCGGAACUACCUCGGAGAAUCAGUGAGCCGAAACGCGUCUCUGGAAGUGGCACUUUUAAGGGAUGACUUUCGUCAGGCUCCCAGUGAUGUGGUGGUGGCAGCAGGAGAACCAGCAGUAAUGGAGUGCAUCCCACCCAGAGGCCACCCUGAACCCACUAUAUCCUGGAAGAAGGAAAAUGUCCGCAUCAGUGAUAAGGAUGAGCGCAUCACGAUCCGGGGAGGAAAACUGAUGAUCUCCAAUACCAGGAAGAUGGACGCUGGGAUGUACGUGUGUGUGGCGACCAAUAUGGUGGGAGAACGAGACAGUGAACCGGCGCAGCUUGUAGUCUUUGAGCGACCCACAUUUGUAAGAAGACCCAUAAACCAGGUGGUCCUAGCAGAUGAUGUGGUGGACUUUCAGUGUGAGGUUCAAGGUGACCCAAUGCCCACCGCUCGCUGGCGGAAAGAAGAAGGAGAAUUACCCCGAGGAAGGUAUGAGAUUCGCAGUGACAACACGUUGCGGAUCUCCCGGGUGACUGCGGACGAUGAGGGAACGUAUACUUGUAUUACGGAGAACAGUGUCGGCAAAUCUGAGGCCUCUGGCUCUCUCGGCGUUCAUGUUGGCCCAUUCUUUCCUCCUCAGCUGGUGACACGGCCCCGAGACCAGAUCGUUGUCCAGGGGCGCACAGUGACCUUUCAGUGCGAGACCAAAGGGAACCCACCACCCGCUGUGUUUUGGCAGAAAGAGGGCAGCCAGAUCCUGCUUUUCCCCAGCCAACCCCCGCAGACCAUAGGACGCUUCUCUGUGUCUCCCAGCGGAGAACUGACUAUAAUAGACGUCCAGACGGGAGACUCCGGUUACUACAUGUGCCAGGCCAUCAGUGUGGCCGGAAGCAUUUUGGCCAAGGCUCUACUGGAAGUGGAAGAUGCCACGUCAGACCGCGUUCCACCAAUUAUCCGCCGAGGACCCUCCAACCAGACGCUGGCCGUGGACUCUGUUGUUCAGAUGCAGUGUCGCGUGACCGGAAACCCCCUGCCCAGCACACAUUGGCUGAAGGAUGGACAAAGACUUGUGGGGAGUGACCCCAGGAUCAGCAUACUGGACAACGGGACACUACAGAUCACCCAUCUGCAGAGAACAGAUUCCGGCGUUUACGUUUGUGUCGCCACAAGUUCCACUGGAGAAACAACCUGGAGUGGAUACUUGGAGGUGCAAGAAAAAGGUUCCCUGGUACACAUGCAGCCAGCAGAGCCAAACCUGGUGCCUGGACCCCCUUCCAAACCUCUUGUCACUGAUGUUUCCAAAAAUAGCGUCACUCUAACAUGGCAGCCACAUCCGCAGUCCGGGAACACGCAGGUGUCGUCCUACAUCAUUGAGGCUUUCAGCCAAUCGGCGGGCAGUACAUGGCAGACGGUAGCAGAUAACGUAAAGAUGGAGAAACACACAGUCGUCGGCCUGAACCCGAACACAGUCUAUCUCUUCAUCAUUCGAGCCCUGAACUCGUAUGGCCUCAGCGAUCCUAGUCCGAUAUCUGAGCCCGUGCGCACUCAGGAUGUCAGUCCUACACGUCAAGGCGUCGACCACCGCCAGGUACAGCGUGAGCUCGGGGAGGUGGUGGUUCAACUUCAGAAGCCGAUAAUUCUCACCUCCUCCACAGUGCAGGUCACAUGGACGGUCGACCGCCAAGCACAGUUCAUCCAGGGCUAUAGAGUCAUGUAUCGGCCCAAAUCCAGUGUCUGGGUGGUCCAAGAUGUGAAGUCGCCCACCGAGCGCAAUGCCAUCCUGGUAGACCUGAAGAGAGGCACAGAAUACGAAAUAAAAAUCCGCCCCUAUUUUGAUGAGUUCCAAGGCAUGGACAGUGACAUCUUGUUGGUGCGCACCCCUGAGGAAGUCCCCAGUGCUCCACCACAGUCUGUCGCUGUAGUGACAGUCGGCACCAGUAACAGCACGAAUAUCAGUAUUACAUGGGAACCUCCUCCUGUAGAGCACCAACAUGGCCUUAUCCAGGAGUAUCGGAUUUGGUGUUUAGGAAACGAGUCCCGCUAUCAUAUAAACAGGACAGUGGAUGGCACGGUGCACAGCACAGUUAUUCGGGGCCUGGUUCCGGGGAUUCUGUACCGUGUUGAAGUCGCUGCUGCCACGAGUGCCGGAUUUGGAGUUAAGAGCCAGCCAAUCACCAUCCAGAUCAAACCCUCCUCUGAUCAUAUUUCCAUUAACACCGGAGAUAGCGUCAGUCUGACAGAGCAGAUCACAGAUGUUGUGAAGCAGCCAGCCUUCAUUGCAGGCAUCGGUGGGGCUUGCUGGGUCAUCUUGAUGUGCUUCAGCGUCUGGAUAUACUGCCGCAGAAAGAAGAGGAAGGAGCUGAGUCAUUAUACAGCCUCCUUCGCCUACACCCCAGCAGUGUCAUUUCCUCACACUGAGGCCUCCAGUCAUAUAACGGCCAGGCCUGGCAUGUUGGCAACUAGUGCUUCCAACUACCCCUGGCUGGCUGAUUCCUGGCCUGCAACCAACCUUCUGAGAAAUGGCAAGCCCAAGGAGGCUGCGGUGAACUGCUGCCCUGGAAAUCACAACCCCUCAGAGAGAUACUAUAAUGAUGCUGGGAUCUCCAACUACAUUGCCCAAACAGAGAAAUUUGGGACUGGGGUGUCAGACGGACCAAUCUAUAGCACCAUUGACCCCACCAGCGAUGACAUGAGGACUUUUAAUGGAGUUUAUUCACAGCACGCUACUCCUUAUGCCACCACACCUGUUGUACCCUAUGGAGGUCAGAACCUGCACUCUCCUGAGUCAGAAGACAAUGCCUGGAACGUCCAGGCUGGAACGUCUGGAAUCCUGUAUGCACAGCCUGAGCGAAACAAGGCCGAAAACGUCAAUAAGCCUGGCAAACAGAAAUCGAUGGGGAAACCAGUUAAGACGCCAUCUCUAAAUUGGACUGAAGUGUUGCCACCACCACCACCAGCCAACGAGCUGAAUCAGUUCCAGGACGAAGACUCUGACGUGGAAAUGAAUUCUGAGACAGAAGAAUGGUGUCCACCAUUACCAGAAAGGACAUAUUUGAUGGAGAACAUUCCAGAAGAUUGUCCUCCUCCUCCCCCUCGUGGAGAAGCUUCUUCUCCGGCACAGUCGUAUGGUCAACAGUCCACUGCUACACUUACCCCGUCCCCCCGAGACGAGCUCCAUGAGUCAGAGGACAUCCCAAGGCUGCAAGAGUUUGACCUUCCCCCUAAUCCCAGGCGGAUGCCAACUGGAUCUGUACCAAUGCAAAGAGCCCCCAGUCCUCCUCUGAUACAGUCCCAUACAGAGGGUGGAGAGACGCCACGGCAUGGACACAGACGGAACCUCAGCCAGAAUCCAACGCUUAGCUCAGAGAAUGUCAAUUACCCCAACAUAGGAAAAGCACAACCCCUGUCGGGAGACAUCGGCACUCCCCCUGGACAGAAAUCAAAAGGCAAAAAAAAAUCUAAGUCCGCUCACUAUCGACGGGAAGCUAAGCAGGGAGAUCUCCCCCCACCGCCAGAGCCCCCUCCUGCUGAUGAAGAACCAGGCUCCCCCCGCAUGGAAUACUGCGGAUCGUCACUAGAGAGAGAGGCCUGUGCCACGUCUUCUGUUGAGAGAAGAUCUGGAGCAGGACACCAGCGAGGGGGUACAUCGCACCCACCUUACCACAGAGAAGAUGAAGAAAUCAUUCCAUACAGUAAACCCAACUUCCUGUCCAGAAGUCAGAUAUCCAGCAAUUGCUCCACAUCAGGAAGCAGCUCGUCCCGGGGGUCCGCAGGGUCCAGGAAUUAUCCAUUUGGAAGAAGCAAAACAGGGGAAAGGAAAGAGGACAAGAGAUGAGGAGACCUCGGCUGCCGCUGGAGUAACUUUACUGCCAACCGAGGCGUUGUACACGGAGAUGUUUCAUCAAAGACACUUUAAAACUUUUCCAGUAUUUUCCAUUCAUGGCUUAUUUAUGACGUUUUUUUAAGAACUUUUUUCCUUCGUAUUUCUCAUGUAAAUAUUUGCGCCCAUUUCCGGCGACUUGAACUGGAGAAUGGAAAUGACGUUACUAUAUUUAUAAAAUUUACAAAAUGCAAGUUGUACAUUAUAAAAAAAAUGUUGCUGUUUUUGAAUGUGCCAAGUUUUCUAGCCAGUACGAUGUUUGCACUCUCGCUUGUACAGAAUGACAGGACUGAAAUUAAAGAAAAGCACAAGGCUUGUUGCAUGCGGCCCCCGGGAGAGAGGAUGGAGAGCAGGAGCAGGUGCAAGAUUUUUGGCGCCAGUUGGAGACAUGGCAGAAGAGAUUGGUGCCCACACAGCGCAAACUCAACACAGACUUUUAAUGACCUGGGGAUCUUGAGCCUAAAAUAUGUCCACAUUAUGAAAGCAGCCAACGGAAAGUGGGAGGAGCCAAUGGGGGCAGAUCUUCAUAGAAGCCGUCACUGUGACAGACGACCCCUUUGGUCUAUUACAAGUGGCGCUGUUGAGGCAGCGUCAUGUGACUGCACUUGUAAUAGGCCCAAAAUUAAUUUUGUAUGCUACAAAUAAAGAUUUUUGC